AUGAGUUGGGAUGAGGCAGUCGGAGAUGAUGCUCCGUGUAAACGAAAAAUUUACUGCCCGCAGUUGAUGGUGAUGGAUAUCAGCAGUGAGGCUGCCUACGCUAAAUGUAAAAAAAAAAUGCAGAAAGCUGAAGCGAAAAUGGUUUUUAAUGUUAGUGCGAUGUCAACAUUGCCUGCUGAGAAAAACAUAUUUGCUGCUUCAGUAGUUCACAAUUUCCCUCGAAAGGGAGGAAAUGUAACUUAUGACGACGUUGUUCUGGAAUAUAUUCCACAGCCAGUGCCACCGGAUACUAUGAGGAUACGCUUGUAUGUUGCAUUUCCUUCGGACAAAAAAGAGUGGUACAACCAGGUAUGUUUGCAACGUGCUGGAUUAAUUGGAUUAUUAGUUCAAACAUUCAUUACUAUUGAGCUGAGCAAUUUCAAUAAUGGCAGCACAGAUGAUCUGCGUCCUUAUAUCCCCUUUUUAGAUGACUGUUGGACAGAGCAGUUAGCAGGCAUGUUAAGUUCCGACAGAAGACCGAACGAUGACAUCGGGAACAUAUGUCGCAAUAUCUGAAAACUUCAGUUUGUUGCAGAACCGAAAUUCACAGAAAUGACACCAUCUGUAGCACUUUUACAAUUAGAUAAAACAGCUGCUGAGUUAGAUCAUGAACGUCACCUUGCAAAGUAUAUUCGUGGACGUCUUUCUCUUCUUGGUCAAGUGGAUGCCAACAAAUUGCUUCAUUUAGUUUUCCUCCUUUCCCCGCAAAAGAGUGAUGGAACAAUAGAAAAGGAUAAGAUCGAGACAAUACUUGAUUUGAGCGUUAUAAAAUCCGCUGCCUUUCAUUACAUGCCUGCAGUCGCAUCCAAUGUACACCGUUUUUUACGCAAUGUGAAUCGGGAAAACAUUCUGCCGAUUACUUAUUGUUGGCGUGUGGUGAGUUGGGAAGAUGACACGUAUAUACUGCAGCAUACAAGAGGUGGAGUCGCCGCAUGUUAUUUGGGCGCUGUUAUGCAUGAAGUCGGUCAUCUAUUCAAAAUUCCUCAUACUAAUUCUGGAAUCAUGUGUAACGGAGGUGAAAAUAUUCAGACAUUUUUUUUGCCUGCUAAAAAGUUGAAUCUCGGUUUUACGGUAAAAAAAUUUCCAAUGCUACGAAGAAUAAAAGAGAACGUACACACUGUCAGAAUUAAAAUGCAACGUGAAGUCUUGCUCAGACAAAUCAUGGACAGUGUGCUCGAUUCCACAACAAAAUUGCUGAUGACUGUCCAUCCUUUGAUUACACACAAACCACGUAAAAAAAUGUGUCAGAUUUUAUAUGAUGAGGAUACUGGCGUUGUGGAAGUAGAAUCGGGAGUACUUUAUUUGGUCUACUACACGAAUGACGAUUUCAAACGUAUUUGUUCAUUUACGGAACAACAUAUGAAGAAAAGAUUGGUUCUUAAAACAAAGGGAUCGCCUAUUCGAGCUUUAAUUGUUACUAGCGAAGGUAAUUUUUUAUCAGUUCUUGUGAGAAAUACUUCGUGA